AUGGCGUCUGCUCUCACUGUCCUCCUCCUCGGCUGCUGGCUGGCCGGGCGGAGCGGGGUGUUCGGAGAGGGGUCCUACCCCAAACCCUCCAUCUCCGUCAGCCCCGGUGGGGUGAUCCCCGUGGGGGGAAACGUCACCAUCCGGUGUCGUCAUCAGCGCCUGGGCAUGAGGUUCCUCCUCUACAAGGCUGGAGAUGGGAACUAUCUGACUUACACAGACCCUGCUGGCUCUGAGGCUGAAUUUCCCAUCACCAGCGCCAGACGGGAACACGGUGGCAGCUACACCUGUCGCUAUAGCAACAGAACAAUAGGAGCUGCCUCCUCGGAGCCCAGUGACCCUGUGCAGAUCAUUGUAGCAGAUCCCAGCUUACCCAGACCCUCCAUCUCGCUGAGCCUCACUUCGGUCACCGCCCCAGGGGCAGACGCCACCAUCCAGUGUCAGGGGCAGCGCCGGGACGUGAGGUUCUUCCUGCACAAGGCUGGAGACCUGAACCCGCAGCGACAGAUGGACCCUGCUGGGGACGGGGUCGAGUUCCGCAUCCCCACCGUGGGCCGGCAGCAUGGAGGGAACUACAGCUGCAGCUACCGGCCCCAAUCAGAGCCCUUCGUCUCCUCAGAGCCCAGCGACCCUGUGCAGCUGGUGAUAGCAGGUGGAUCGGAACCUCCGGAUCUGACCAGCCUCAUCAUCGCCGGGGUGAGCGCGGCAGCCGCCGGCUUCCUCCUCCUCCUCCUCGUGGCCUUCGUCUGCUUCAGAAAAACCCAAGCCAGUGAGUGUCCCACCUAG